CCUCAUCUCUCAGGCCGUGUCCUGCAUUUCGAUUCGGUGUGCGUCGCUGUCCUCUGGCGGGCGCGCGUGCAGUGCACUUAGCGGCGAUGCUCUUGUUCUAGGAGCAUUGCUACACGUACGACAGAAUAUCUACGAUUUCUUUACGAAGUAGUAUGGCCACCAUUGAUCAAUGCUGGCUCAAGGUGAGUUCACGGUGGAUUACACUAUCGUACCAAAUCGGACCAGCUUUCAUCGUACGUGAGGCACUUCCGUUGUUCUAGUUCGCUCUUUUCACUUCUGAAAUAAAAUAUUGAGGUGCUCCUCGCCAAGCCCCAUCGCGCUUCGUGAAACAAAAAAUUGUGCGGCUCGGCGACCAUGGCAGUGCAGCUCGGAGGCACUCAUGAUGUGGUUCAGUGCUCGCGGGCUUGCACAAUUGGGCGUUUUUUGCGUGCGGAUGGAAAUUCAUCAUCACAGAGUGCAGCUGCAAUUUGGGCGAGCGUGCGUGUGAUCAUGGUGUGAAGAGGCGCGGCAAGUAGUUCACUUCCUUUUCUCUCUUUUCAAAAACAAAGUGUUGAGGCUCGUCUUGUGUGCAGGUCACUAUGCUCAUAUUGGCAUGUGUGUGAUAAUCAUCCCUCCGUGUAUCUGCAGUUCACUAUAUUCUCCAGCUAGCUCAACUACUACUCGUCAGCGUUGGCUGCCUCCUGUCGGCCAAAUGAAGGAGGAGCGGUUUACAGUCCACGCGUCGCCGGCGUGCAGUUCGUGUGUGCGUGGUCUAGCCCAACCACGGCAUGAUCCUCUCCAUUCUCACAGGCAUCGACUUGGCCAAUGACGGCGUGCAGUGCGGCCAACGACGACUUGCAAUACGGCCAAUGAUGGCGUGCAGUGUCGCCACCAGCAGCACCCCAGGCGUGGGGGCCGCGCCGGGACUCGCCGCGCCUUGCUCCUCCAGUCUGCUGGAGACGCGAAAGGAGCAGCUCCUCCGCCAACAUUCGCGGCCUCCAACCUCCUCUACCUUCGAACUGGCUGACCCCCCUUCUCCACCUGCUUCGUCUGCUUGCCGGUCAGCCGCCGGCGACGUAGCUCUGCCAUGGAUCCACGGUGGGGUAGCACGGCCAUGCAGUCCGGCAUGCACGUGUGUGCAGUACGGUUGUGGCGGCGAGGCAGCUAGUGUACGCCCACGGCACGGCGAUGGGGGUCGGGGCCAGAGAACCACCACAUCUCCCUUUGCAUGUCCCUCCCCUCGAGCCUCUUACUUUGCUACCAGCAAAACAUGCGUGAGAGAUCAAGUUGUAACCUCGUAGUGUGGCGGCAGGCGAGAUUCUAGUCGGCAUGGAGUACAGCUGGUGCCCACUUGAAGUUUUGGUGGAGGAAUAACAAAAUUGCAGGGUUACAUUGUAAUUUCACUUAUCAUUUGGAGGGUGAUCCUGCUAAAUUCCCACGGACCUAAUUGUAAAAAUAUCUUGAUUUCCGUAUAGUUCACCCCACUGGCCCGUGCAGUUCUUUGGUCUAUGUAUUCUCCGUAGAGAUUCUUAUAUUUGUCGGGAAAGAAAAAGGAGUGCACUCCAUGAAA